CAAUCCCUCCUCGCCUAUUCCCUCGUCCAUCGAAACCCGAAUCGCAAGAGGAACAGAAAAAAUUCUCCUCCCAAUCGAAGCAAGUCGUCGAAUCCUCCUCCUCUCAAGAUGCAGAUUUUUGUGAAGACACUCACCGGCAAGACCAUCACCCUUGAGGUGGAGUCCUCGGAUACCAUUGACAACGUCAAAGCCAAGAUCCAGGACAAGGAGGGCAUUCCCCCAGACCAGCAGCGUCUCAUCUUCGCUGGCAAGCAGCUUGAGGAUGGCCGCACCCUGGCUGACUACAACAUCCAGAAGGAGUCCACCCUUCACCUGGUGCUGAGGCUCAGGGGAGGUAUGCAGAUCUUCGUCAAAACCCUGACCGGCAAGACCAUCACGCUUGAGGUCGAGUCCUCGGACACGAUCGACAACGUGAAGGCCAAGAUCCAGGACAAGGAGGGCAUCCCUCCAGACCAGCAGCGUCUCAUCUUCGCUGGCAAGCAGCUUGAGGAUGGCCGCACCCUGGCUGACUACAACAUCCAGAAGGAAUCUACCCUCCACCUUGUGCUCAGGCUCAGGGGAGGCAUGCAGAUCUUCGUCAAGACCCUGACCGGAAAGACCAUCACUCUUGAGGUCGAGUCCUCAGACACGAUCGACAACGUGAAGGCCAAGAUCCAGGACAAGGAGGGCAUCCCUCCGGACCAGCAGCGUCUCAUCUUCGCUGGCAAGCAGCUUGAGGAUGGCCGCACCCUGGCUGACUACAACAUCCAGAAGGAAUCCACCCUCCACCUUGUGCUCAGGCUCAGGGGAGGCAUGCAGAUCUUCGUCAAGACCCUGACCGGCAAGACCAUCACUCUUGAGGUCGAGUCCUCGGACACGAUCGACAACGUGAAGGCCAAGAUCCAGGACAAGGAGGGCAUCCCUCCGGAUCAGCAGCGUCUCAUCUUCGCUGGCAAGCAGCUCGAGGAUGGCCGCACCCUGGCUGACUACAACAUCCAGAAGGAAUCCACCCUCCAUCUUGUGCUCAGGCUCAGGGGAGGCAUGCAGAUCUUCGUCAAGACCCUUACUGGCAAGACCAUCACACUUGAGGUCGAGUCCUCGGACACGAUUGACAACGUGAAGGCCAAGAUCCAGGACAAGGAGGGUAUCCCCCCGGACCAGCAGCGUCUCAUCUUUGCCGGCAAGCAGCUCGAGGAUGGCCGCACACUGGCUGACUACAACAUACAGAAGGAAUCCACCCUCCACCUGGUGCUCAGGCUCAGGGGUGGUAUGCAGAUCUUUGUCAAGACCCUUACUGGCAAGACCAUCACCUUGGAGGUUGAGUCCUCGGACACGAUCGACAACGUGAAGGCCAAGAUCCAGGACAAGGAGGGUAUUCCCCCGGACCAGCAGCGUCUGAUCUUUGCCGGCAAGCAGCUUGAGGAUGGGCGGACCCUUGCGGAUUACAACAUCCAGAAGGAGUCCACCCUCCAUUUGGUGCUCCGCCUCCGUGGUGGCCAGUAAGUCCUUUGGCCAUGGAGGAGCUGCUGUUCUAGGGUUCACAGGUCUGACCAUUGUCUUCGCCGAUGGAGUUCUGCAUAUCUGGUCUUUGCCCGCUAUGUCUAAAUCUUGUCUCGUUUCAUUGUGUGCUAUUUAGCUGUAAUGUGUAUCCGUUAAGUAUGAUUUGGUGGUGUCUGAACAUGUUGCUACAAUGCUGCGAUGGAGCAGCUUGGAAGAUCUAUAAUAUAAUGAAUAAGUGAGCCCUAAUCAUUGUGUCGUUUUA